GUCGAAGAUUAUCAAAAUGGGCGGCCUCAACCUCGAAGUCUUCAAGUUUGGCACGUAUCUCAUGUUUCCUAUUGGAAUCAUGUUUUACUUCGGAACCAACCUCGAUGACCGCUUUGCCGUUCCUGGAUUCUGGCCCAGGCCUGACCAAUGCAACAAGAUUCCCAAGGACCGAGACGAGAUCAAGGCCGAAUACGAGCGCAUUGUCGCGCGCCAAAAGUUACGACAAGCCCGAAAGCUUGAAGAGGAGCGUCAACGAGCAGCGCAGCACCCUGGCAAUGACAGCAACGAGUCCUGAGCUUUGGGGAAUCGAAAAUGAAAUAUGUACACUAUAGGUCGGAAGGUUCUACGACGGCAUCGACGAUGUAUUCACGGCGUUCGGAAGGCAUUGGAAACACUCCCUCUUCAUUGCGUGGGGUAAAAUACAGUAUUGUACAAAAUUGUUACAGAUGGCGCUGGUCAACAUGCUUAUACAUCCAAAUUUCUCUCA